AUGGCGGCGCGGGACGCGGAGCGGAUGUUCGCCCUGGAGCUGCUGGUGGACCGAGUUUGCCUCGAAGCCCGGGGGCUUCCGCCGGCCUUGGGGGGCUUUCUCCCCUCCGUUGCCUUCCGCCUGUUGGACUUCCCCACGCUGCUGGUGCCCGCGCCCCCGCAGGCCCAUCCCCAGCCGGGCAUCUUCGCCUUCGGCCGGGGCAAGUCCUGCCUGCUCCGCCUGGGCCCGGCCGCCCUAGUGCGCAUGCUCGGCCGCGCCCCGCUCUGCGCCCUGCUCCUGGCGCCCCCUGCCGGCGGCGCCGCCGCCUCCCCGCGCCUCCUGGGCAGCUGCUGCGUCUCCUUGGCAACCGUCGCUGGGGGCCACAGGGGCCGCUAUGCCCUGCGCGACCUCAUGGGGGCGCGCGUCGGGGACAUCACUUUGGGCUUCCGCCUCAUAGACCUGGGCAGUUGCCCAGUGGACCACCUCCUCCAGGAAGCCCUCCCCCCGGACCCCGAGCCCCAGCCUCAGUUGCCCCAUCCGUGCCCUGGGGAUGUGGAGGAUGGCAGGCCCAGGAUGCCCAGGGAUGCCCUGCCAGGGGUGGGGACCCAGACCCCCGCCACUCCCCAUCGCAGAAGGAGCAGCGUGGAUCCAGAUGGGAUGGAGCCCGACACAUUUUGCCCCCCACCACUAUUCUACACCCGUCCGGUCGGCGAGGGGGCCGCGCCAGCGGCUAGCCCUGGUGGGCCUGGGCCUCCACCUGGGGCGGUGGGAGAGGCCCGGGGUGGCCUAAGGGAAGAAGCGAUCUCGGGGCCUUCAACGGAGGCCCCGGGGAAGAGCGACGCAGCGGCGGCCCGGGGUCACCGGCCCGACGGCCUCCGCCGCCUGCCUCUGCUCAGGGCGUUGUUGAGGGAGUUGUCUCUGCUGGACGGCCGGCCUGAGGAUGGCACCCCUCAGGACGCGGCCACCCAGGCCCCAGAGUUUUCCACCAGGCCCGCGGGUCAGCCGGUCCGACAAAGAGACCGAUGCCAGGCUCGGGGAAGAGAGAGGUCGCCCGGCCUUCCUCUUAAGAGGGAUGGGGGACCAGGCGCGGAGCCCCCCGGGUCUCUCCUCCAGGCCAGGGCCGGGAAGGGGCCCGAGGACGGUCCCAAGAAAGCUGGUGGCGCCCGGGAAAACAGACGCCCCAGGAAAAAACUGGUUUUUGGGCUGACUAAAACCCUCAGGCUGCGCCUAGGUCAGACCAAUCCAGAGGUGUUACUCUUGCACGAGAGGAGAGAGCGGGCCAAGAAAAAACGGCUGGAGACUCUGAGAGGAAGAAAGUUUGGGUCCCCGUCAUCCAGAGGGAAGACCUUCCGGCCUGCAGAGGACAACUGGGAGCCAGUAGGAAAACCGGGCCCGGUUGGAAACUCAGACCCCAUUGCCCCUUGGGGAGAAAAGGGCGGGACGUUAAUGCCCAGGGACACGGAAGCGGACAGCCGCGGCUGUCUGAAAGAAGUAGAAAACCAGAGAAUUGAAGCUCAGACGGGGUUGAGCGGUGAGGGGGAAAAGGUAGCCAACAAAUUUUCCCUGCAGGGCAGUGUAAGCUGGACUCCUGGCACUGUUCGGUCAGCCUUGGGGUCGGACGCACAAGCCCUACCCCCAGGCGCUUCCCCUCCGGAUGCUGGCAUCCAGAGGGACACAAUAGACCAGGAAGUUCGUGACGGGCCAAGCCAAGUCAAGGCCCCGGGCUUCACCGGUCCCAGCCCUGAGGGAAACGGGCCAAGGGAAGCCAGCCCCUUGGAAAGGUAUUCCGAUGACUUCACCAGCGCCUGCUCUUCGGGAGCGCUCUCCAGCGCCGACGCGGGCAGCGGGGGGUCGGGAACCCUCCGUGUCCGUCCGGAACUGGAAGGAGCCAACCCGGAGUCCGCCGGCGCGGAGGCCGAUUCCCAAGCCAGCGCCUCCGGGACGUCUGGGAAUACGUAUGGGAGCGGGGGGACUUCCGCCCCUCUCCCUCCUCUCUCCGCGGCCUCCUGGUCUCCCAGCUCCUCCGGAACACCUCGGGUGGCAAGCUGUCCGGCCCCAAGCCCGGCAGGAGGGGAUGGGAGUUCCGUCCAUGGUGGUCCGUCGCCUCUCUGGGGCCGGGACGGCGGGCAGUCGGCUGCACCGAGGGCGCGCCGCAACACGGGAGCAGAGAGCCAUCGGGACACGCUAGGGUGUCAAGAGGCCACGCGGUGGGCCCGGGCUUUGGAGACGAGCCAGUCGCCAAGAACUUCUCUAGUGAGCUCUUACGUCCUGACGUCCAGCGUGUCCGAGGAGGAGGUCAGCGCCCCGAAUAGCCCAAGCUCCAUUCUCUCUGGAGAAGGGGUGGACAAGCUGGGCUCCCUAAACAUGUCGAGUCAAUACAGAGACAUCCGAGAACUCGUAAUUAACAAGCUCCCUGGGUAUACAGUGUGAAAGUGCAAAGCUUCCACGCUCUGCAAGGGGGACGUUUCUCUCCACCAGGCGCACCGUCCGGGACUUUAUCUUGUACUGUGUUUAAAUCCUUUGGGGCAGGUGAUGUGUAAAUUCCAGAAGCGUUCUAAUUAUAAAAACAUGAAAUCCAGCCCAGGGAGUGUUAUCCACCGAUCGCCGGUAUUUACUGAUCACCUACUCUGUCUGGAACGCUGUGCUAAGCACUUGGGAGAUUUCAGUAGCACUAGUGGACGUGAUCCCCGCCCUCAGGGACU